UUUCUAUUGGCGGCUUUAGGCAGACUUUGAUGUCUUCCACACCGACGCACUGGCCAGAGCUCUUCGUUCAUUCCACACAGAUUGCCACACGUUUUUCCGCUCUCGAUCUCGGCAGCUUCGCUGAUUUAAUUCCACUGUGCUUCUACGGGCAGCUGCUGGAUCGAUCGAGCCAGUUCACGGGCUGGUGCUGCCACUCUGAGUUCUGAUAGCAAACAGCAUCUGAAUGGAAGUGGAGAGUUUUUUUGCAUGCCCUCUCGAUGGAUCGGCUUCGCGGAUUUAAUUUCGCUGUGCUGCUGCUGCAUGCUGCUGGUACUUGGUGGAUCGGAGCCAGUUCACGCACGGGCUGCCACUCUGAGUUGUGAUCCAUACAUCGGCCAUCUCUGAGAUCUGUUGUCAGCGUGGCACAUGGAUGCUCGAAAUCGACCAGAUCUGUGCUCAAGAAAACCAGCCUCCUGAUAAUAAAAUUAACACAGGCCGCCUACCUUUGCUAAUUUGAAGGACCAAACUAAGAACAGAGAGAGAGAUCAGAUCAGAGGAGGGAGGAACCCGGCUCUCUCAACACUCACUGAGCGCGCCCAAGGACCGGAGGAGGACGAUAGAUCGAUGGCGGCCGCGGGCAUCGCAGUCAGCGUUUCCAUGGGGGCUCUGAAGCCUGUCUUGGAAAAGCUUGCCACGCUCCUGGGCGACAAGUACAAGAAGCUCAAGGGUAUUCGGAAGGAGGUGUCCUUCCUCAUGGAAGAGCUAAGCGACAUGAAAGUCCUCCUUGAGAACAUGGACAAUGCUGAGGAUGAGCUCAAUCCGCAGGCCAAGAAAUGGAGGAAAGAUAUAAUUGACAUGUCAUAUGAUAUUGAAGAUUGCAUUGACAACUUCAUGGACCGUGUUGGGGACGCCGAUGACAAGGUGGGGAUCCUCAAGAAAGCUUCUCACUAUCUGAGAACUAUCAACGAUCGGUACCGCAUAGCCAAUCAGAUCAAUGAGAUCAAGACUCGUGUGAUUGAAGCAAGCAAACGCCGAGAUAGGUACAAUCUCAAUGUGUGCACCUCUGGUUCUACCACAAUAGUGGCUGUUGAUCCUCGCCUGACUGCACUUUACACGGAUUCAACAACCCUUGUGGGCAUUGGCACUCAAAAGGAAGAACUUGUCAAAUGGGUAGAGGAUGAAGAGAAACAACUAAAGGUGAUGUCAAUAGUAGGAUUUGGAGGUUUAGGCAAGACCACGCUUGCCAAUGAGGUAUAUCAUGACGUUGAAGGGCAUUUCAAUAGCAAGGCAUUUGUGCCAGUUUCUCAGAAGCCAGACAUAUCAAGGCUACUCAAUAGCGUGUGUUCAAAACUUGGGCUGUCUUCAUAUUCUCAUGCUUGCGAAGUGCAAGACCUAAUUGACAAUUUGAGAGAAUACCUACAUGAUAAGAGGUACCUCAUUGUACUUGAUGAUUUGUGGGAAGUGAAACAUUGGGAUAUCAUUAGUUGUGCUUUUCCAAAGAAUAGUCAACAAAGCAGGCUUAUUGUGACUACAAGAAUUGAAGGUGUGGCUCAGGCAUGUUGCAAGGACCAUGGGCGCAUUCAUUAUAUGAAACCACUAAGUGACGCGGACUCAAGAAAGUUAUUCUUUAGAAGGAUUUUUGGCACUGAAGAUACUUGCCCUCCUCAGUUCACAGAAGUUUCAUCUGAAAUUCUAAAGAAGUGCGGUGGUUUGCCACUUGCAAUUGUCACUAUGGCUAGCUCUUUAGCAGACCAACCCAAAGAGCACUGGGACUACAUACAACGUUCUAUAGUCACUGAAUCUGCAGCAAACUCCUUGGCUGACAUGAUGCAGAUCUUAGACCUGAGCUAUAAGCACCUUCCUCAUCAUCUAAGAGCAUGCUUUUUGUAUCUCGGUAUUUAUCCUGAGGACUACGAGAUUGAAAGGGAUCAGCUGAUUUACUUGUGGGUGGCAGAACGUAUUGUGACGAGCAAGUCUCCAAUGCAAGAUGUAAAGGAUGUAGCAGAGAGCUGUUUCAAUGAACUUGUCAAUAGGAACAUGAUUCAACCAGAAUCCUAUUACUACAGAGUACAUGAUAUGAUGCUGGAUCUAAUCAUAAAGAGGUGCAGAGAAGAUAAUUUUGUAAGUGUUGUGCACAGUGCACAGGUGGUGGUAGAACGGCAAGACAGGGUUCAUCGUUUGUCAGUCAGCUUGAGUGAUGUUCCAGAUGAUGACUCCAUAUUUCAGGUGGCCACUAAUUGCUGCCGAUCACAAGUUCGUUCUCUUGUCAUCCUUGAAGCAUCAAAAUGGAUGCCUCCACUGUUGGAGCUAAAGUCUCUUCGGGUGCUUUUCCUUAAAUUUCCGAAGCACCUGAAGACAAUGGACCUCACAGGUGUUUGCCAAUUGUCUCAACUGAGAUACUUAAAGGUUGAUGAUAGGAUAUACUAUUCAGAGCGUUCAAUUGUGCUACCAAGUGAAAUUGGGAGGAUGCGACAUUUGGAGAGGCUGGAAAUACCUAAUAUAUGCAUUUGUAGCAUUCCAUCAGACAUUGUUGACUUGCCACGCUUGUCACAUCUCAUCUUGUCAGAUGAUACAAGUUUGCCGGACGGGAUUGGGAAAAUGAAAUCUCUGCGUACGUUGAGGUCAUUUUUAUUAGCAGAGAGCUCACCAGAGGAUAUUAAGGGCCUCGGCCAACUCAACAAGCUAGAAGACUUGGAGGUGCGGUGCCACGGAGAAAGAUACAACCACAAGCAUAGGCCGAAACGAAUGGAUAGUGAUACGCCGACUGCUAUAUGGAUGGAUGCUCUGAUUUUUUCCCUGGAGAAACUAAGUAACCUCAAAAGGUUUUGCCUGUCAUCUGAAUUUACUGCUGUCGGAGCCGAUGCCCUGCUCUUGCUUUCAACUCCUUUCCAAAAUCUCAAGGUGCUCUAUCUGCACGGACUGAUCUUCUCUAGAGUUCCUAGGUGGAUCGGAGGUCUCCAAAAGCUUUGUCUGUUGACACUCGGAGCAAAGCAGAUGACCCAGGAAGAUAUUAACAUCAUUGGAACACUGCCCUAUCUCACCGGCCUCUGGCUGCGGAUCUCAGGCAUGCCAACAGGCACGAUCGUGAUAGGUGGGACCACAGGGUUCAACGCUCUCGAGCUUUUUGCGUACGACUGUGAUGUUAUGUCAUAUCUGGCAUUUGAGGACGGAGCUAUGCCCAGCCUCCGGGAGCUCGAUUUAGUACUGGAUCCACAUAAAUGGGACAAGGUUACACCUCUUGGUCUCCAAUGUCUUUCGAACCUCAAGAAAAUAACUGUAUGGACGGUUGCCACCAGUUAUAGCAACGACGCAGGAGCGGGUGACAAAGAAUCAGAGGAGAUGUCUGCGGCUGCGUUGGUCCGCAAGGUGUUUCAGGGAGCAGCCGACUCACAUCCGAGUCACCCAGCAUUUGACGAAGGGAAUUUUCAUAGGCCGGCAGAGCAGGCACAAGAGUAGAAGACGGAUGCAUGGAACACGGUGCAGAGUUAUUGGGACUCUAUGCCAUAUCACGCAUUCAUGCUGCUGCUAUCUUCCAUGUUGCCUCGCACUAAUCCUUCUAGUCAUAACGCCAUUUCAUUUCAUCUGACGGUUUUUCCCCUGCAAUUGCAAGGGCCGUAUGCUGUGUAAAUCUUUGAGAAAUUUAUUUUGUUGUAUCUACUUUCAGAAACAAUGGCUUGUUUUUUGUCAACAGAAGUAAAUUUUUCUGCUAAUUGUACGUGACGGACUUAUACGGUAGGCUCUUCGUUUUUUGCUUGGUUAUUAAUAAUAACACCAUAACCAUGUACGAGCCUAUAACUUGGCUCCAAUAUAUCCUCCUGUACAAUCCGUUUAUCAUAUAUCCGGAUUUAUGUACACUAAUAGCUCUGUGGACAAUCUUUUCCAUGUAACUAGUGGUAUAUAUCUAUUUAAUUCUGCUUA